AUGAGUGAGCUGAGUGGUGCAGCACUUGGACUGACUGAAGAGCAGACUGCAGAAGUCAAAGAAGCUUGUUCACUAUCUGACAAAGAUGGUGAUGGAACUGUAACAACAAAGCGAUUGGCAAGUGUAAUGAGGUCUCUGGGGCAGAAUCCCACAGAAGCAGAGUUGGAGGACAUGAUUAAUGAAGUAGAUCCUGAUGGUAAUGGUACAAUUGACUUCCCUGAAUUUCUGACAGUCAUGUCAAGAAAAAUGAAAGACACAGACAGUGAGGAAGAAAUUAGAGAAGCAUUCCGUGCAUUUGAUAAGGAUGGAAAUGGUUAUAUUAGUGCAGCAGAGCUUUGCCAUGUGAUGACAAACCUUGGAGAAAAGUUAACAGAUGAUGAGGUUGGUGGAGUGAUCAGGGAAGCAGAUAUUGACGGUGAUGAUCAAGGAAACUAUGAAGGUUUUAUGCAGAUGAUGACAGCAAAGUGA